UGACAACUUUCUCAUUCCGCUCAUCCUUUUCACACUCGAAGGUAUAGGAAAAUCGUAACGGUUUCACUUAUCAAAUAAUGAGAGUACAAAACUGAAGUCCAAAACAUGGACGUUGGUCCUUCAUUAAAUAAUGCUUAUAGAGAAACAAAACUUCUGCUGGAGGAUAUAACCUCGGCAAAAGAACAUCACAUGUUGUGUGUGUUUCAUGUUUGAUUAUCUAGGCAUUAGACGAUUCAUUUAUAAUGCCCGUUAAUUAUCUUCAAAAAGCAUAUUAUCUCACUAUAGUAAUUACAAGUUGACACAUAUUCUAAGCCGACCGUUAAUUAGACCUAGGUAAGAACUUAUAGGAAGGACUCAACUUAGGAACGAUGAUAUUUACGGACGAUGUAACACAAAUAGUACGCGGAAUUCUUAUCUGUUUUCCUCAUUAGCAUUCGGUAUAGACUUUAAUUGCUUCCCAUUAUGCAAUUGACAACUGAGAAAUUAACCCAUUGAGUUAAAACCAGAUUUUGUUUCUUUCCUACUCAAGUGACCUACACUAAUAUGGCCUUAACCCUAGCUUGAGACACCGCCCCAUAAAAAGCCUCUUCACUUUCACAAACUCCAACUAGCUAGAGAUUUGAAAAAAAUUAGCAAAAUCUUCUUCACCAUUUAUUGUUUUGAGUUUCAUUUUCAGAGGAAAAUGUACAGGUUUCUUGCACCAUCUGGCUCCACCAAGCCCACAAGCACUGACAAUAUAAGCAGGCAACCAAUCAUGGCUCAUCCUCAAAACCUUCAUUUUUCUUCAUUGGAACAACCCCCAACUCAGAUCAUUCAUGCCCCAACACAAUCCCCACCUUUAUUUCAAGGGCUGCCAUUUCCAUAUCCAUACCCACCUCAUUACUCGCCCCAGCCUUUCUGUUUCUGGCAAAAUCACAACGGUCCUCGACCGGUUCAAUUUGAAUUGCCAUCGUCGCGACCAACCACGUUCGAUCUGGCAGGGCAUGAACAAAAGGUUCUCGACGCUCAGGCGACGAAGGCUGCCAGAAACAGAAGAAAGAUGGCUCGCCAGAGGAGCCUUGAUUUGCACCGAAGGGGCUCUUCGGCUUUGUCUCCUACGAACGCAAGCCCGUCGAGCAAUGGGUUAAUUUCAAGCAAACAUCCCAUGGAUGAUCAAACUUUGGAAAACAAUGUUGGGGAGGAUCAACAUACUUUUUUAAUGCCAGAUGGUAAGAGAUUGAGAAUGCUUCUCAAAAAGGAGUUGAAGAACAGUGACGUCGGGUAUCUAGGAAGGAUCGUACUUCCAAAGAGGGAGGCAGAAGAAAAUCUUCCAAUCAUUUCCGACAAAGAAGGAAUUCAAUUAGUGAUAAGAGAUGUGUACUCUCACCAUGAGUGGAUCCUGAGAUACAGGUAUUGGACAAACAACAAUAGCAGGAUGUAUAUAUUCGAAAAUACAGGAGAAUUAGUGAGGCAAAAUGGACUGGACAUUGGAGAUUCCAUUACAUUCUACGAAGAUGAACGCAAGAAGAUCUACUUUUCCAUUGAAAGGGUGGCCAGAACAGUAGCAGAUCCCUGGAACCAACAAUACCAAGCCACUGCAGACCUUGACCUCAACACCUCAAUGGCACCAUACUCGAAUGAACUGAGUGCUGUCGAAGGCGAAGAAGAAGAAGACAUUCUGGCACUGCUAAUGGGACAAUUCAAACACGGCGAAGAAGAUACCGAAGCCUUGGCGGCUAAUUUCUCUGCAGGCUCUUCUGUACCGUACAGAGAUUACUUAAAUGCCGCUAGCGAGGGGACCUAUGGACAACCGGAUGCUUCGACGGGAGACGGCCACGAGAUCGACUUCGAUGGCUACUGCAGAGGUCUUGAAACUCUUACUACCAUGGAUCCACGCACUUACUCCCUCUUGGAUCCGUGUUGGAUAGGCAAAAGCGGUGCAACAUAGAAAUGAUAAAUCAAGUGGACUCCAUAAUUCUUCGAUUACAAGGAAAUCCAGUACCAAAUGGUACCCGGAAUUUUCUUUCAUCAAAUUUAGUUUUUACAGUUGUUCAAGUCAGCUCUGGAUUUUGAUUCUCUUUUAAUCCUGAUUGAAAUCUGCAGCCACAAUUCAGUUUCACUUCUCAUUCAA